CCUCUGUAAACUAUCUUUUAAUUACAUCACACUCGUAUGGCGUUUUGCCACCAGCAAGCAUACGCACUUGAUACUUAAUUGUGCCACGCAUAGCUUCGUUGUCACGGACACAAGAAAAAUGCUUCAAUCUAGCCAGGCUGGCACUCGCAUGCGCACGAGCAGCGGCCUUCGUUUCGGUCGUGGCACGCUCAAGUCGCAGCCGCUGGGCCGCUGCCACGCAGUAACCCCCUCCCGGACCGCCGCCCCCGCCGCCCCCCGCCGGGAGCAUCAGCCGGAGCCCGCCAGCGCCCCCGCCCCCGCGGCGGCCCCCGCAGCUGCAGCUGCAGCUGGGCUGGGGCGGCUGUGGGAGCGGGCGGCGAGCGGUGUGGCCGCUGCCGCGUUGUCCGUCUGCCUGACCCUAGCUCCUGCCGCCCUGGCCGCCGAGGGGCCGGCCAUGUGGGCCGAGGCCGCGGCAGCUGCCUCCGCCGGCGCCACUGCUACUGCCGCCGGCGAGGGUGCUACAGCCGCUGGCAGCAGCGGCAGCAGCAGCCUGUUGGCGGGCAAGGGGGCAAAGCUGCAGUCGGUGUACUUUGGCAACGGCUGCUUCUGGGGCCGCCAGAAGGACUUUGUGGAGGUGGAGCGGCAGAAGCUGGGCCGCACGUCGCCCGAGCAGCUUACGGCGGUGGUGGGCUACGCGGCGGGCGGCGGCGAGGGGCCGGGCGGCCGCGUGUGCUACGUGUACGACGUGGACAAACGGGCCCACUACGACUCGCUGGGUCACGCGGAGGUGACUCAGCUGGGCAUUGCGCCCGCGCCCGGCCCGCAGCAGGAGGCGGAGCUGAGGGCCUUCGCGCGCGCCUACUUCGCGCAGUUCAAGAAGACGCCGUUUGGCAUGAGCCGCUCGGACCCCCAGGACCGAGGCGCCGCCUACCGCAACGUCAUCGGGCUGCCGGGCGGCAUCCGCUCGCCGCUCUUCCACAUCAUUGAGGAGGAGAACGUGAACGGCAUGGCUCUGCGCGAGGGCCGCGGCAACACGAAUGUCGCCGGGGGUUCCUCCGCCGCCCUGCCCGAGGACGACGUCUUCAACGCCGUGUGGGUGGUGGACAGCGAGGCGCUCCCCUUCUACAGGGCUGAGCGCUACCACCAGUUCCACAACGGACUGGGGAAGAAGUUCCCCGAGGAGUACACCCGCCAGCUGCGCAGCCAGGUGGCGGCCACGGGCCUGAUCGACCCCACGGGCUGCGUGGAGCUGCCCAUGUUCUGAUGAUGAUGAUGAUGAGGAGGAGGGCGAGCUAUGGGACAAGUCGCAUAGUCACGCAGGAAGGGGGGACUGGAAGGGUGGAGGGGCAGGUUGGCGCAGUACGACAGUGUGCGAGGUGUUCCAAAGACCUGAUGAGGGAACUGGGGGAGCCUGGGGAGGUGGCGGGGUGGAGGGCUGGAGAGUGAGGUUAGAAGGAGGACGACGCGGAUUGAAACAGGCGAGCAUGCGGGAUAUCUGGACUAGACGUAGCGAGCUUGUGAGGUUGAGGUGUUCUACUCUGCGUGCAUACCUGUGUACGUGCGUGCGUGCGUACCUGCUGCGUGUGUAACAAGCUCAGAAU